UUCCUGGGAAUUGAACUUGAUUCUGCACUGAGCUGCAUCAACAGCUUUUCUACUUUGAGACGGUCUUGCCAAUUGCCCGGGCAGUCUUGAACUACCAAUCCUCCUAUCUUAGUCUACCAGAAUGCUGGGGUCCCAGGCAUGCACCAUUGUGCCUGGCUUUCUCCCAUGCCAUUUCUAAUACUGAAAGUACUGAUUUUCCCAGUGCUACCCUGCACAUCCCACUUCUCUUCCCCGUCUUCCCAAUUUUGUUCCUUGGGACCUGGAGCAUCAGGGGAGGGGGAGCCCUGUUGCAGGGGCCUUAUUACCACCACCAAGAGGCCUCCCUGAAUGUUCCUGCUUCUGUCAAUUUUUGUAGCCCAAACUGACAAGAGUCAGCCCUCUGCCUAUCUCAGUGGAAAGGCAGGUGGUGGACCCAGGGACUGAAGAGUCUCAUGUGACAGAUAAGGGCCUCCCUACAUCACCUUUCAGAAAGUGUCACCAUAGCAACUCAAGUAACAAACAAUGGUUCCCUAAAGGGCUCCUCACAAAGCUCUCUCUCCUGGCUCUGAGCCCAGAAGAAUGGCCAGCAACACACCAAGGUCACUCAGAGGGCCCAGUGACUCAUGUCGCAGAGAGCCUCUGCUACAGAUGGUCCAUGCCAAUGAACACUUUCCCCAAUAUCAGACAUGGCUUCAGCGCCAGUUCUUACUUCCUGGUAAGACCUGGGAGUUACCUGGCUUCACCCGGCAAGCCUACCACCAAUUGGCCCUGCAGCGACCACCCUGCACAGAUAUCAAGUCCAUCGUGCGUCAGAGGCUGCUCUACCCUUGCAAGAGUGCAGCCGAGCACACCUGGGGCUUCCAUACAUGGCUCGAUGUGGGGCGUCUGCCUGCCACCUUCCCCAAGAGGCCUGACAAGCCCUACGACAGCAACGUCUGGCGCUGGCUCACACACCCACAUGCUUAUCGCCUUCAGCCAGCAGAGCCCCCAGUACCUCCUCCUUCCUGGAUGGGGCCAAACAGCUUCCUGAACUUCAUCCACUCCAUACCCAUCUUUUUGGAUGGGGACAGGAAGAACCAGGUGAUUCUGAAGACCAUGAAACAGCUGAAGGAAGCAGAGAAACUCAAGCUGAGAAGUGAAAUAAGAGCACCUCUGCUUGAUGCCCAUGGCAACAUCCUGCCCCCUGCCAAGCUCAAGAAGUCCUGGUACAAAUCAGCUGAUGGAUGGUUUGAGUCUCAGGGCCUCCCACUGCUGCCCAGUGCAGUUCCUAUUGCUGUAGCCAGGAACUGGCCCUGUCCAAACCCUCUGCCUCAUUACCAGAAGAAGGCUCUAAAGCUGGCCUGGAUACCUAGUGUGCCCCUGAGCAAGAACCUCAUAAAGGAUUACCAGACCUUGCUAGAAGACCGCAUUGCAGUGCCCCUCCACCAUCUGUCCACAGCACAGCUCAGCCAAUCCUCAGGGAGGAAGAGAAGGAGGAGGCCUGGACAUGUGUAGAAGAGGCUGCAGAUGGUAAAGACCAUGGGAAGCCCACAGACCCCCAGUUUCCUGUGUUCUCAACCUACACUCCUUCAGCAGGAAGCCUCAGGGUAACUGAAGAACUCUGGAUUCACCAUCAUUCCAACCCUAUGUCACCUCUGUACCCCAGGAUCCUGAAGAUACCACUGAAAAUCUCAGCUGUGUAUUUCUUCCUCAGAGGACUCUCUGAGAAGGUGAGAGGACAGGGGCAAGGAAUGUGGGUGAGGCAACAAGAGCAGGUGGAGUUGCCAGUUCCUAAGGAUGGAGCCAGGACAGGCAGGGUGAAAAUGAGAAAGGGGGGGGUUACUAGAAAUGUGGGUAAGAAGACGUGACCUCCGCUUUCAUAACCCAUUUGGAAUGGGUGUGGGGUGGGUAGGAGUACAGAGGGCCUCUCAGGAAAAAGUCACCACAAUUCAUCUCUCCCUGAACCAUCUGCUGUCUGGACAAAAAUCGGGCACAUUAUAUUUGGGUGCAGGUUCUCCUGCAGGGGCUCAGGGAGUGGGGGUCAGGCCUGGCUGGUUCUGAGGACAGGAGGAUGGGAGAGUCAGACCCUGGGAAGGCCAGCCAGGCACCUGCAGAGCACAGGAGUAGAAUGAAGUAAAGACUCAAGGCAAAAGUCAACGUGGUCACUAUAGGGCAUCAUUAAGAGCCUAGAGCUUGUGCUGCAGUGGACUCCGGAGACCUCAGUCUUUGCCACAGAGGAGUCAGAGACAAAGCCUGGAGUGGAGGCAGGCAAAGGGCAGUUGUCAGGAAGGAGCUGGCCCUGGAUGAAGUGGAGGCCUGGUGGAAAAGAUUAGGGGUAGGUGGAUGUGGGGGCCCUACUUCACCUCUCUCUGUAAGCAGAUGGCCCCAGCUGCCUUCUCUUGGUCUCCUGCCCACUGGCCUCUCUGUCUAACCUUGAUGGAGCCUCACCCCAUAGACACCUGGGAAUCACCACAUCAGAGGGUUUGGGCAUGGGUUUCACCAGUAUUCAACUGUGUGACCUUUGAGAAAGUCAGCUCCCUUUGUCUUGGUUACUUUUCUCAGUGCUGAGAUAAAAUAUCCAACACUGAAAGUUAAAGGAGGGGUUUAUUUAGCUCACAGUGUUAGAGGUUUCAGUUCACAGUUGGCUGGUUCCAAGGCAGGGCGACACAUGGCAGAGGGGCAACAGUUCAUGGCACUGGAAGUCAGCGAAAGCAACUAGGGGCAGACAAGACUGUUUCAGUCCCUUUAGUGUAUUCAGGAUCCUCACCCUAGAGUGGAUGUGGCACUCACACCCUUAAUCCCAGCAUUAUACCCUCUAGAUUCAGCCGACUCUGAAAAAACCCUAUGACCGCAGGAGGCUUUGCAGGGCAUCCAGACACAAGCCAUAACACCCUUCUAGCUUUAAAUUUCCUCAUCUGCUCAAUAGGCAUCACUAGACUUUAAAUAAGUGGGACAAAUAAGUGAAUGAAGUGUUUGCAAAGUAUCUGGCACACUGUAGGUCUUCCCUGGCUGAAGCUAUCAAUCACUGCUCAUAGAAUAAAAAUGAUAAAUAGAAUAUUGUUCAUUCAUUAAAAGGAGUAGCGUACUGAUCAGUGCUAUAGUGUGGGUGAAAAGUGGAAUUGCUGUGGAGGGAAGAAGGAGGCACAAAGAGCAUCACCCAGUCUGAUCCCACCUAUAGGAGAUUCCUAGAAAAGGCAACUCAUAGAGACAGAAGAGCUCACUGGGAGCUCAGAGGCAGUGGAUGGUGGGGAGUCAUUGUUUAGGAACAUGGAGUUUCUGUUGUGGAUGAUGAUGAAAACGUUCUGGAAUUAGGUAGUGAUAAUGAUAGCACAAUAUUAUGAAUCUUCUUCUCUUUUGCCUUCUCCUUCUCCUGCUUCUCAUCCUCCUCCUUCUUUGGUUUUUGGAGACAGGGUUUAGGCUGGCCUUGAACGCACUAUGUAGCCUAGACUGGCCUCAAACUUACAGUGAUCCUCCUGCCUCUGCCUCUGAGUGCUGGAAAUAGGCGUGUGCCACCAUUCCUGACUAUUGUGAAGGUUCUUAGUGCCCCAGAUUUGUACAUUUACCAAUGCUUUAAAUGGUAAAAUUUAUAAUAUCUAUAAUUAGCCACAAUAAAAAUUUUGAAAAAGGGAAUAAAGUACUGAUAGGUGAAUAAACCUUGAAAACGUGCAGAGAGACCACCUGUGGUUUGCAGUGCUUAAGAUAUGGUUUGAUAUCCCAAGAGCUCAUGUGUUAGAGACAUGGUUCCCAGUGUCACAUUGUGAUAGGAGAGGGACCUUGAAGAGCUGGUGCCCACGAGAAGUAUUCAGGGAAUUGGGGGCACGGCCCAGCAGGAAAAAUUAAUGCUGGUUUGUCAGAGUGAAUUAGUUGUUCUCAAGAAAGUUGCAAUAAAAGAGCAGGAGCUGAGCCUCUCUUACUGUCUGGUUUCCUGUCACCACGUGGUCUCUCCCUCUGUCACACACACCUACCAUGAUGUCAUCCACACUGUGACACAGCCAAGGGGGCCCUCACUAGAGCCAGAUAGCUCUUGGCACAUUGCUCCAAACUAUGAGCAUAAUAAACUUCUUUUCUUUGUAAAUACUUUGCCUUAGGUAUUUUAUUGGAGCAAUGGAAAAUGAACUCAUACAUUGUGUGACUCAUUUAUGUGAUGUAUCUAUGACAUACAAAUCCAGAGCUAGAAAGUGAAUCAAUAGCUGCUAGGUGCUAAGAAGGGGAAAUUUAAUGUAUUUUGAAAGUAAAUGCAGAUGGUGGUUGUAUAA